UCUCCAACAGAACCAGAGGAACCAGACCUCAGGAUUGUGCUUGUUGGCAAAACCGGAGUUGGGAAAAGUGCAUCAGGAAACACCAUCCUAGGGAGAAAAGCUUUUCAAUCUAAGGUAUCCCUUGUUUCUCUGACAUCAGAGUGUCAGAAAGAAAUUGAUCAGUUUAAGGGUCACAUCCUGGCUGUAGUUGAUACUCCAGGUCUGUUUGACACUAAGCUACCUGCAAAGCAGGUGAAGACAGAGAUCGCUAAAGGCAUCUCCUUUGCUGCUCCUGGUCCUCAUGUGUUCCUGGUUGUGAUGCAAAUAACCAGAAUCACAAAAGAAGAUCAUGAAACUGUGAAAAUUCUUCAGGAGUUGUUUGGAGAAGAAGCAGCAUGCUACACUAUGGUCCUGUUUACUCAUGGAGAUGACCUGGAGGCAGAUGGAGUCACCAUAGAAGAAUUAAUCAAGAGAAAUCCAGCUUUUCUUGACUUCAUCCGUCAGUGUCAUGGAGGAUAUCAUGUUUUUAACAACAGAAGCACAGAUUCCUCUCAAGUGAGUGAGCUGGUGACGAAGAUCAACACCAUGGUUCAAAACAAUGUUGGAGGUUAUUACACGAAUGAAAUGUUCAAACAGGCUGAGAGAGCCAUCAGAGAAGAGAUGGAACGACUGAAGAAAGAAAAUCCAGAGAUGGAGUCCAAAGAAGCAAGAAGACGUGCAGAGAGAAACAACUGGCUUAUUCGAGGCACUCUAGCAAUUAUGGGAGCUGCUGCUGGAGCUACUAUUGAAAUAGGUGUUGGAGCAGCUGUUGGCAGUGUGGCAGGUCCAAUAGGAGCUGCAGUGGGAGCUGCAGUGGGUCUUGUAGCUGGAACUGCAGCUGUGGCAGUGAAAAAGAAGGCGUGCAAAAUACAUGUGCUAUUUUCAGGCUCAGACCUUAGGGUGGUGCUGGUGGGUCAGGAGAAAGUGGGGAAGAGCUCAGCAGGAAACACCAUACUGGGAAAGAAGGAGUUUGACUGUACUAUCAGUUUGAGCCCUCUGACUCUGAGCAGUAAGAAGACAGAAGCUGAUGUUCUGGAUCGUAGAGUCACUUUGGUCGACACCCCUGGACUCUUCAGCACUGAGCUGACUGCAAAGGAGGUGAAAGCAGAGCUGUUAAAAGCUCUCAAGCUGAGCUCUCCAGGUCCACACGUCUUCCUCCUUGUUAUCCAGCUUGGAAGAUUCACCCCACAGGAGCAGAAAGGGCUGAAAACCUUGCAGGAGAUGUUGAAUGAUGACGUCUCCAAACAUACCAUGCUGCUGUUUACCUACGGAGAUCGACUGGAAGACAUCGACAUGGAGCACUUCAUCAGAGAGGACAAGAACCUGCAGCAGCUGCUGAGGAGCUGCAGCGGUGUAUACCAUGUAUUCAACAACAAAGAAACCGGAGACAGGAGUCAGGUUCAGGUCCAGGAGCUGCUGGACAAGAUAGACUCCAUUUCAGAGGGUGGACACAGAUACUAUCAGAAAAAGUCAAUGUCAGGGUGGUAUAGCUAUGUCAGGAGUUUCUGGCUCUUUAAAAUAAUUGGACAGAUUUGUUCUUGGCUAUCCACCAUCAUCAAUAGGAUUAGGUCAAGAGAGUGAGAGAAGAGUGGAGAAACAUAGGAGGAGAAGAGCCUGAGGGAUGUGAACACAAACUUGGGUUUAAGCUUAAGGUUGAGUGUUUACUCAGAUUUUCAUUAUCCAAUCAGAAUCAGUCUGGGUUAGGUCUAACCCUAACCCUCCAUACAGUGAUUUAUGAAUACAGACAGACAGACAGUCACAUUGUGUCAUGUGUUUUUCUGUUCUAAGAAUGAAAUAAAGUCAACAAAUUUUGUAAAGUGUCUUUUAUAACAGAGUUUAAAAAAAGUAGUAAUACGAGGGCGCUUUUGUUGCCUUCAUAGAUGUGCAAACAUUAUUAAAUUUUGUUUAUCAACCA